AUGCCUCCCCAGCUCAUUUUCGGCACCGCCUCCUUCGGCAUGGACAUGACCGAUUUCCAAGACCCUCCAUCCCUCUUCGCUCUCUACAAGACACUUCAAGAGUUAGGCAUCCGUAAACUCGACUCGGGCGCUCGCUACCCGCCAUUGAAUCCCGGAAGGGCGGAAUCGCUGAUUGGCGAGACGAAGGAGAUGAAUAAGGAGUUUCUUAUUGAUACCAAAGUCUUCACCGAUGUGCGGACGGACGGCAGUGGGGAUCUGAAGGGUGAAGCCAUCGAGUCAUCAAUACAGGGGAGUCUACAGCGUCUUAAGGCGGCAAAAGGAGUAAACAUCCUUCACGCGCAUCGAGCCGAUCCUUCCACGCCACUCGACAAGCAGAUCCAGGAAUUCAACCGGCAGAUCGAGCUGGGUCGUUGUGAGGCCUGGGGAGUCUCAAACAUAGCUCCACAGAUGCUAGAGGAAAUGAUUCUGCUGUGCGAGAAGAUGGGCUUGCGGAAGCCGGUUUGCUACCAGGGCGACUACAAUCUGAUUACGCGUGGUAUGGAAACGGAAUUGCUGCCUCUGCUACGCUCGCACGGCAUUGCCUUCAAUGCCUUUAGGCCCCUCGCUGCAGGGUUUCUAACUGGCAAGCUUGUCAAUAACGAGCAUGGAGGUACUCGCUUUGACGACAGCAAUCCGCUUGGUAAAGGCGCGCAGAAGCUCUUUGGAGGAGAACAGCUGCACUCCGCCAUGAGAAAGUUUGACGUGCAGGUACGAUUGCAAAAUAUCACACCGAUGGAAGCGGCAAUCCGUUGGAUCGCGUACAACUCGGCAUUGGGAAAUGGGGAUGGUAUUAUCCUUGGGGCAAGUAAAACCGAGCAAAUCCGUGAGACGGUCAUGAUGAUGAGGAAGGGACCGUUGCCUGCAGAGGUGCUAGAGGCGGCUGAUGAUCUUUGGAGCAAUGUUGGAGGGAUUAGGGGCGAAAUCGUUUGA